AGUCCGAGUGAGCUCGGGUGGUGCGCGUAGUGAAAACCAGUCGACCUCUAGGCAGGCCGGAUGAGUGGAAAUUCAAGAACUUGGUGCUGCCCGUGUGAAAUAUGAAAGGACCGUUUCGGCUAUUAGUGCUUUAUGGUCUGGUGACCUUGGGAUCCUCCCAAGUGGAUGUGGAUCAGUUUGUGACGGUGAACCGUGGGCAAGAGGUCACCCUGAGAUGCGUCUACACGGGGACACUCAUACCUGCGAGUAUAAUCUGGCAGAAAGUAAACGGAGACUCCUCAGUGAGAAUCGCCAUUGCACUUUCCAGCGGUUACAGGAUUGACAAUAGCACCUUCUACGGGCGACUCAACUUCACAAACUACACCUCUGAACUGAGGAACGGAUCCAUCCGCAUUGAAGACAUCCGUCUCGGGGACGAGGGAGACUUCACCUGCAUGUUUGCCACUCUUGAUGUCGACGUUCAAGCAACAAUCAACCUCACUGUGAACGUGCCCCCAAAGGUUUUUCCAGAGUUUAACCCAUACGAGUUGGUAGACGGCAUGGGGCUGGUGACCGUGGCCACGUGCGUUGCUCAGGAAGGAAAACCCGCAGCCUCCAUCACCUGGAGUGGCCUCCAUGAGGGCAGCUUCAAUGAGACCACAGAGACGGAGCCGGACGGAACGGUGACGGUGAGGAGCCGCUACUGGCUGGAGCCCACGUACGAGAGCCACGGGAGGACACUCACCUGCAGAGUGGAGCACCCGGCCCUCGAGUCUCCAGUGGAGUACUCUACCACCCUGAACAUCCACUUUCCCCCAAAUGUCUCUCUAGAGUUAAACCAUUCCCAGUUGGUCGAGGGCAUGGGGCUGGUGACCGUGGCGACGUGCGUCGCUCAGGAAGGACAACCCGCAGCCUUCAUCACCUGGAGUGGCCUCCAACAGGGCAGUUACAAUGAGACCACAGAGUCAGAGCCCGACGGCAAGGUGACUGUGAGGAGCAGCUACUGGCUGGAGCCCACGCACGAGAGCCAUGGGAGGACACUCACCUGCAGGGUGGAGCACCCGGCCCUCGAGUCUCCAGUGGAGUACUCUACCACCCUGAACAUCCACUUUCCCCCGAAGCUCUUCCUGGAGUUGAACCCAUCCCAGUUGGUCGAGGGCAUGGGGCUGGUGACCGUGGCCACUUGCAUCGCUCGGCAAGGACAACCCGCAGCCUCCAUCACCUGGAGUGGCCUCCAUCAGGGCAGCUCCAACGAGACCUCGGAAGCAGAGCCAGAAGGCACGGUGACGGUGAGGAGCCGCUAUUGGAUGGAGCCCACGCACGAGAGCCACGGGCGGACGCUCAUCUGCAGGGUGGAGCACCCUGCUUGGGUACCGGCUCGAGUGGAGCUCUCCACCACCCUCGACAUCCACUACGAACCGAGAGUGAGCAUCGCUGGCUAUGAUGGUGAUUGGCACGUGGGGAAGGAAGUAGCUUCCUUGACUUGUGAAGUGGACGCAAACCCCAGCAUCACGCGAUAUCUGUGGGGCAGGCAAGACGGCUCCCUGCCCAACGGGACAGUUAUUAGUGGCAACUCCCUGUCCUUUGAGCGGCCGCUAGCGGAGUCAGACUCUGGGUCGUUCUCCUGCUGGGCCAAUAACUCAGUGGGCUGGGGCGAGGCGGUGGUUAUCAUUACCAUCCGGCCAGGUGGUGAUGGUGGCGUUGAGCCCUGGGUCAUAGCCGUUGCUACCGUAGUGCCGCUGAUGGCAUUGGUGGCAGUGGUGGGAGCCGUUUACUACUUCUGCUUCCACAAGAACGGGAAACCUCUGAAGCGAAAGGGUGAAGAUGAAAAUGACCAGCAAAGAGCCCCAGUUGAAACGCCGCAACACAAAGAGCUUCCGUACGAAUACAUCGACAGCAAGCUGCCAUCCCGCAGUGUGGCGUUAGAACGGCCACCCUUGGGGGGUGUCACGGCAAUGCCUGAAUAUGACACUGUGCCUGAAGAACUCUCUUCUUGGAACCGCAUGCAACAUCUGGAUGAGAGAAUAGUGAGUUCUACCGAAACGAACCCACCAAACCAAACGGCCAGUAGUCACUACGAGCUUCUGAAGCCGCGUGCGGAAAGCGUCUACGACAAAUUAAACCACCCCACGUACAUGAACGCUUGAAAGUGACCACCUCGGGAACCACGCGCGCACUUAACACCGCCAGCAAUCAGCACUCACGUGGAAUUCAAAAUGCAAGAGCCCACGGGGAUGAAUCCCAGGUUACAUUUAUCCGUCAUAACGACGCACAAAGAUCCACGUAUAGCGAGUAGCAGCUAUGAAGGUCGGCUAGGCACAUGAGGGGGUGGGUGGUAAACACCACGCCUGACCACCUUUGUCUCUAAAGUUGUCAUGUUUAUACAUCACACCAGGUCCACAUUUGAGGCCCAUGACCGGUUCAGAUAAUCGCUAUCACUGGUGUUGGUCGUGAUGGGGAAUCGAACUCGGGUCGUAGCCGGGUUCGUAGCACAGCAUGUUAAUCGCUACGCUACCACUCCCCACACACACAACAACCGCCAUUCGCCACUAAGUGGUGGUGACGUCUCCAUGACGCUUGUGCCAGGCCAUGUGCACCUUGAGGCCACGUGAAGUGUCGAACGCCCGCUGGCAGGAGAUUGGAGGGCGACUGACUCCAACUGCCCAGUAGCGUCCUUCACGAGCCUCCUCCACAGAGGCCGAUCUUGACACUGCUGGUACCAGUCAUUGGCAAGUCCACUCAGCUCCACAUCCUCCUGUACCACGUCACUUCAUCUCUUCUCUAGCCCGUGCCGCACCCAUUUAGCCCCCUCGAUCCGGCCGAACAAAAGCUGUUUAGGCAUGUGAUAGCUGGGCAUGCGGGCUACAUGACCCAGCUAACGCAGCCUUGCCUGCCGGAGGAACUCACCGAUGGGACUUUGUCCAGAUCUUUCAAGGAUAUGUGAGCUCCUCGCACAAUCCACCUUGGUUAAACCCAAGAUGGAUCGUAGGCAGGCCAGCCUAAAUGUUUCUAACCGAC